AUGUCACAAGCUUGGUACGACAGAGCAAUCGCACCUGACGGUGAACCAGAAGAUGGAUGUCGACCAGAAGAAGCACAAGCUCUGAGACUCUACCUCGAAGACGAAAUUGCGGUAACAGAAGCUGCGCGCCUCAUCACAUUGCCUACAGAGUCCUCUGAAGAUCCAGGUGCCGACCUACCAAAUUUGUGGGGUGUUCUACAAGAUGCACUCAUUGAGCUGCCCAACUCUCAACAAAAGGUCGUCCAUCUGAUCUCCAACAUCCAAAAUCUACCGGAUUUCGAUCUCGACCUUCAUGGUAAAAAACGCAGUGGCCCACUUGGAAGACCCUCAAGCUCUCUCUGGCAUGAUCUUUCCUCAUUCGCCAAUAAUUGGUACGAUUGUAACUGGUGGUACUACCAGAACGAAUGGCGUAAGAAACCGCACCUCUACACCUCGCCAGAGAAACGCGAUCAAAUCACCAAUAUAUCUCGUGCCGAAGCACUCUUUGCACACACCAAUAUCUUGGGAGAAUUAGUCAGAUACCAAGGCCUUUCUCGUCUUUGCGAUACGCUCGAAGAUAGGAAAGCUGUUUUCGAGAUAGAGAUCUAUGCAGUGAGGGAGUGGCUAGUACAGGCGGGAGAUCAACUUUACGAUAUGUCAAAGACCCCACACGAGCAUUAUCUCUUGUUUUCCAACAACGACAUCAAAGACAUGAUCGCAAAGCAUGAGAUGCAUGUUGUCAGUAAGGACAAACGCGACCUUUGGCAAGGCUCUGGCGGCUCGAGUCUUGAACGAUGGAAAUUUUGGAAGAAGCGCUUGCAGGAGCUUCAAGGCGACAAAGACCUAGACGAAGGAACUCGGGAAAUUGUAAGAGAGGCUUUGGGAGCUAUGCCAUGA